AUGCAUCACCUUCCCGCUGAUCGGUCCAGCACUGCAGUUGGUGAUCCAAAUGCCCGAGGUCAGCGGAACGAGUCCCUUGCCUGGUUCUGGUCUCUCGACAUUGAUUUAUCGGGGCCGAGUGAGUCGUGGAAUGACAAAUUUUACCGAGUUCAUUGGCUUUGGGCGAAGGCUCUGAGGGAUCGAUGGAUUGAAGAACUUACGGUAGUGGAACUGGAGAUGGACUGGACAUGCAACUUCUUCUCGUGCAAGCAGCCCAAUGGGAUGGACAUAUGA